AUGUCAGCCCAGAACCCCCCAGACAGACAAUGGUGGAAAGAAGCCGUCGUCUAUCAGAUCUAUCCCGCCAGUUUCCUCGACUCAAACGGCGAUGGACUAGGUGAUUUACCUGGUAUCAUCUCCAAGCUUGACUACAUCAAGUCAGUCGGAGCGUCAGCUAUCUGGCUCUCACCUAUCUUCAAGUCUCCCCAGCAUGAUAUGGGCUACGAUGUCUCAGACUAUCGCGACAUUCAUCGUCCUUAUGGCACACUCCAAGAUGUCGAGACUCUUAUCAAGGGUUGUCAUGAGCGGGGUAUCAAAGUCCUACUCGAUCUCGUGGUGAACCACACUAGCCACGAGCAUGAGUGGUUCCGAGAGUCACGUUCUUCCAAGACCUCGUCAAAACGAGAUUGGUAUUUUUGGCGUGAUCCCAAGUUUGACGCUGAUGGGAAUCGAAAACCGCCUAACAACUGGUCUUCUAUCUUUGGAGGCAGUGCUUGGACUUUCGACGAGACGACAGGGCAAUAUUACUUGUCGUUGUUCUUGCCUGAGCAGCCUGAUCUUAAUUGGGCGAAUGAGGAUAUGCGUCAGGCUACUUAUGACGAUAUGAAGUUCUGGCUUGACAAGGGCGCUGAUGGCUUCCGGAUUGACUCGAUGAAUCUCAUGUCAAAGCACCCCGACCUCCCUGAUGCACCCAUCACGCGACCUGACUCAGUGUAUCAGCCUGGAGACAAGUACUUUGCCAGCGGACCUCGUAUGCACGAGUAUAUCCGUGAGAUGCGAAAGGAGGUCAUCGACAAGUACGACUGCAUGACCGUCGGUGAACUUGGCUUCACGAAGGAUGAAGAGAGUGUCGCGAGUUACGUGGCCAAGGACCGCCAUGAGCUGAACAUGCUUUUCACGGGAGAUAUUGUCGACAUGGACUUUGGCGCCAACCACAAGUAUGAACGCGACGACUUCCGUUUGUCCAAGCUCAAGACUAUUACCUCACGCUGGCAAGGCGCUAUGCCCAAGUUCGACGGAUGGAACUCAGUCUACAUGGACAACCACGACUCCGGUCGCUCCCUAUCACGCUACGGCUCCGACCUUCCUCAGUUUCGCAAAGAAGCAGCAAAGAUGCUGGCCAUCUACCUCAGCACCCUCAGCGGAACACUCUUCCUCCUCCAAGGCCAAGAAAUCGGCAUGGCCAACGUUCCCGAAUCCUGGAAGAUCGAAGAUUACAUCGACGUCGAAGGCUUGAACUACUACAAAAGCCAACUCGAGAAACGAGGCCCAGGCGCUGAUAUGUCGGAUGUUAUGAGAGAGAUGAGACUCAAGGCUCGUGACAAUGGAAGAUUACCCAUGCAGUGGACCGCUGACAAGAACGGUGGGUUUUCAGAGGGUGAUAAGCCUUGGAUGCGCGUUAAUGAUGACUACGAGGAUUGGAAUGUUGCACAGCAAGAGAAGGAUGAUGAUAGUGUCCUUGCAUUUUGGAGAGAGGUUCUUGAGCUGAGAUUGAAGGAGAAGGAUGUUUUUGUUUAUGGAAGGUUUGAGAAUUUGCCUGACUAUGAGAGUAGUGAGGAGAUCUUUGCGUAUACUAUGACUAGCUUUGAUGGGAGGAAGGCGCUUGUGUUGUUGAAUUUCUCGGAUAAGGAGCAGAAGGUGGAGCUGAAGAAUAGGUCUUGGGGUCAGAGGUUGGUUGGCAAUAAUGUGGAUACUUUUACCAAUGGGCUGACGCUGAAGCCUUAUGAGGGUAUGGUAUAUGCUGGGUGGUAG